CACAAACCAAGUUCGAUCAGUCUGUGUGCAUGAUCUUGACGGACGAAUGCAUGCACGCAGAAUGUGACUGCCCGCAGGCUCAGCAAAUCACAGCUAGCCGUAGCGUCUUUUCGGCAUGCCGAGAGUUUGGUGGUCAUAUGCCGCGAUCCUUCUCUUUGUCGUUUCUUCGUUCUCCGCUGGCGAGUAUAAGGCAGGCCUUUGUUUCAUAAGUCCGUCAUCUUCAAAGAGAUCUGCAGCUCGCUCCGUUCAAAUGACGUCCAUUCUCUCUUGUAGCUGUGUCCCAGCAUCCGUCCAGUUUUCUAACCCCAUUGAGUCCACCAAGCCGAUCCACGGCGAUGAAUUCCACGUGCAACCUUCUUCCAAUCUGGCCACGCGUCCUCCUCAUACUGCCUCUGAAAGACCUCCACCGUGCGUGUCUACUUACUUUGACACCCUUUCGAGAUGUUCAUACUCGCAAAGCAAGCUGGAAACAUUGCCAAUCGAAAUUGUCAACCAAAUACUGUCAUACCUUACUCACCCACGGUCUCGCCUGCCGGGCCUCACCGAAACUCAAAGCGCGCACGACUUUCCCCGGCAAACAAAGUUCGAUAUCAAGAGUAGGGAGGAUCUUACCACACGUCCUGACACCGACCGUUGGGCCGCUGACCUGUUUUCCUGGACUGCGCUCUGCCACCCAUUCAACUCACUAGCACAUACAUCGAAACGCUGCAAUGAGUUGGUAGAAAGCUACAGCUCGCACUUGGUGCGGUCUUGCAACAAGUUCAACCUUCCUUUUGCUCACUUCGAUAAGCAUGGAUCGAGGUGUGUGUAUCCAGAUAUGAGUCAAAUCAUAUAUAGACGACUGUGGCUGCAACAUGCGCCCAGAAUAUGUAUAUUCUGCUACGCAGUGCUAGACUGCUAUCCCUUUCCGCUCGUCAAGCGCGUCAUAGCCGCAUGUGAAGACUGUUUCCUCAGACAGACCCUGACUGUCGACGAAGUCGAGCAUCAGUACCACAUUUCUCAAGCUACUACCCUCGCCUCGCCUUACAUCCGGGGUAGCCCAGGCUCAAUUUGGGUUUUACGCAUCGAUGUUGAGAACCUGGCUUUGCAGCUCUACGGCACGAGAGCUUUCCACAGCGCUCAUGUGGAACAAUUCGGCAAGCCGUGCUCCAUAUGUGCCAUCACAAGGUUCACGUCUGAAUUUCGUGUGUCCAAGGCCAAGUCGGUUUCGAAGACUCUUCGGCGGCACGCGAGUCUGAAGCGGAAGGGUGCAAGUCGAACAUCACGCUGUUUCUAACAGUACCUAUUUUGUCUAUUUCGCCUGUUUCGUAUUCAAAUUCGGUCGUGGAUGCAUCUGCAAGGACUCGUUAUUGGAUUGCCUGAACAAAUUGAGAAUCGCAUUUCGGUUGUAUCGUAAUGUACCAGCAAAAGUCAGAUAGCGUUACGCUAGUUUUUGGCAUCGUUAUCUAUAUACAUAUACGUCCCAGAGUGAUCCG